GAAAGAUGACGAGAAAGCAGGUUGCAGUCUUCGGGCGGGCAUUCUGAGCAACGAGCCAGAUGUGAAUCGGUUCGACAUAUUACGAACAGUUGACAAUUUAGACUCUGAAUAUCCAAAUCCUCGAUUCAUGUGAGACUGAAAUCCUCAACACCAUCAUCAGUGGAGAUGGCAGCCAUCAAACCAAGGUAAUCGAUAGACAACGUUGCUGCCAAAGCAAGUGCACUAUUUGCGCGACAUUUGCAGCCAAAGUUGCAAAUAAUUGAGCAGAAAGGAGAGGAAAACAAGAAGACCAAGUCAAGUGGGUCAAAGUAAUGGCGUCGUCGGCUGGAGGCAGUGGUGGCUGCGACGCCACCAAGAAGUACUUUUGCCCACGAUUGAUCGACUAUUUGGCCAUUGUUGGAUCACGACGCCCUGCCAGCUACUCUGCUGGAUCACGUAGCAAAGCUCCUCCUCCUUCUGGUGGAACUAUUGGGUCAGCAACUCCAUUAAAUGCAUCUGCACGCGGAGGACAUGCAACGUCGGUGACACCCGAGCUUUUGCGUCGAUAUCCGAUCGAUGACCACGCCGAUUUUCCUCUACCGCUCGAUAUGGUCUAUUUCUGCCAGCCGGAAGGUUGCCUCUCCCUAGGCAACCGACGUCCUGGAGACCACCGAAGGGAUAUUGAUUCCUUCGUCUUCACUCUCACCGAUAAGGAUUCCGGAAAGACGAGGUAUGGCGUGUGCAUUAAUUUCUUCCGGCCUGUAGAACGUCUUCCGUCCACAACGUCCGUCUCAUCAAGGCGUGAUUCAUGGAGGGAUUCCAUUCACAGAAGUUCCGACUCCGCCUUUUCCAGCGACCAGCGGAGUACGAUGGCGCCGAGCGAUUCGGAUCGAGAUUGCUCUAGUGCCCAUCGCUAUCACCCGGCUGAUCCGGUUUCUGGGGGUGUAUCUGUGGGUGUCAAAUGGCCUCCUCAUUCAGCUGGACCGACGGGUCCCAAUCAAGGUCAAGACUCUGAAAGUGGGGGAUCUCAACCACCUUCGCCAAGAGCCAACCGGAGGAGACAGCGCUCACGUAAUCAAUAUUUGACCUCCAUCUGCCUCCUGUCUCACCAUCCUUUCUUUACCCUCUUCCGUGAGUGCCUUGUCGUCCUUAAAAAACUGAUUGACGCCUGUCACGAAAACUCGUCCCCGAAACGACUCGGAGCCUCUCGUUUAACAUCCAGGGACUCGGUAUGGGGGUUGUUAACGGGCCAAACAACGGAAGCUUCAUCAUCUAUAGUGCUUCAUGACGUUCGUGACAUUGAGACAUGGAUCCUUCGUCUUCUUAGCGCUCCGGUGCCUAUACCUGGCAAAACGCGAGUGGAACUUGAAAUUUUGCCUCGUUCUCUCCAACCAACACCUUUGGUGUUUGCCCUACCCGACCACACCCGUUUCCCCAUGGUCGAUUUCCCGUUGCAUCUCCCUUUGGAGUUGUUAGGCGUCGAUACCUGUCUCAAGGUUUUGUCUCUCAUCAUGCUCGAGCAUAAGGUGAUUAUGCAGUCACGCGACUACAAUGCCCUCUCCAUGUCCGUGCUGGCCUUUGUUACCAUGCUCUAUCCACUCGAGUAUAUGUUUCCCGUCAUACCACUCUUGCCAACCUGCAUGAGCUGUGCCGAACAGCUUUUGCUAGCCCCAACGCCUUACAUCAUCGGCAUUUCGGGAACGUUUUUCCAGCACAAGAAACAUUUCAAAUUGCCCGACGACGUCUGGCUUAUCGAUCUAGACUCGAACCGCAUCAGCGUCCCCUCAAGGGCAGAUGAUGUUCCACCGCUACCCGAACCCGAAUGCAGCAUUUUACGUAAUCAUUUGCGUCAAGCAUUAGCAAGCAUGAGCGGUGAAACCAUUCGACCUGGCGGAAAUGUGGCCAAUCAACAGCAACAGCAUCAUCGUGGAAGUCAUGAUUUCUCUGCGUCAUCGGAAAUGGGCCAAGGCCACUUUAGUCCGUUUAUUUAUGGCAACGAUGUCGAUUCGGUGGAUAUUGCCACUAGAGUGGCAAUGGUACGUUUCUUCAACUCUCAGAAUCUGCUGGCCAAUUUCGCUGAACACACUCGAACCCUACGGUUGUAUCCACGACCUGUGGUAGCCUUCCAGAUUAACAGCUUCCUCCGAUCACGACCGAGAGCUGGGCCGUACCUCCACAAGUUUGCUAGAACUCAGGCUGUCGAAUUUUUGGCAGAAUGGAGUCUGUCGCCGACCAACGUGGCCUUUCUCCGUGUUCAAACGGGCGUUUUCGAUCCGGCCAUUAUCGGAGAUAAACUCAAAUGGUUCAGCGAACAAUACGAACCGCUGCAGUUUGUCGUUUGGGACGAGGCCAGUUCAAUGGACAGCGCUCUCCGCUCUCUAGGCAAACACGAUCAAAUUCAAACCGACGAAAGUGGGUCGGAUUCUGAAGGUGGAGGGAGUUCGACUUCAUCUUAUUCAUCCUUAAGUGAUCUCGUGUCUGAACAACGAACACCCGAUGCGUCUCCUGGCCCUGCACUUCAAGCGGUCCCCAUGACGCUGUCAAGUGGAAUUGAUCUCAAAUCAAUCUAUCGCCCUCCAUCUACCUUACAGCUUCCGGGUGGUGGACCAGGGUUAGAGUUAAACGAAUCAGCCUUUUCCCAGCCUGAGUCUAUGUCUUCGUCAUCAUCGCAAAGUUCUAUCGGAUCAUCUCACGGCAUCCAGACUGAGUUGGCCGCCGAGAGCGAGACCGUCGCCCCCCAACCUCGUAAUAUCUCAGAGGAUAAGACUGACGAUGUCUUUAACGCCUCCGACUCUGACACUGUGGUACCGAGCGCUAGUCAGGAGUCAACGACCAACAGGAACUUGUCGCUUGAUAGCGUCCCUGCUUUGGAAAAUGAGAUUACCCCUUCGAAAAUAAUUACGAGGCCAUCUAGCAUCAGCGUGAUGACCGAUCGAUCUUUGAGUACAGGUUCCAGUGGCUCCAACAAUUCCGGGAACGCCAAUCGCCAAAGCAGCCAGACUUCGUUAUUUGAACAGCUGGCGUCCCAAGCUAAGGAUCUUGUUCGUGAGAGUACAAGACAAAGUAGCCAAGAAAAGCUAUUGGCCCAAAUGGACAAAUUUCGGAUUCAAGCCAAAGAGAAGAUUUCAGAUGCUGCACGCCAAACAAGCGAAGAUGGGUUUUUCAAUCCAUCUACUUUAGAACAAUUUACUGCUGGAGCUCGCAGGGCGGCAGAGGAGGCCAGCCGAAGUGUCCAGGAAGCGUCACGAACUCUUAAAGAAGCUUCAGAAGACAUAACGGCUGUUAGUAAGAAUACAAUCGGAGAUUUUACUAAAAGUGCAAAGCACGCUGCAGCUAAAGGAGGGUUGUUAAAGGCACUGGGAAGCUCUCGAGAAUCGUCUAGCAAUCUCUCAGCUGGAUUACGCUCUUUAGGAUCAUUAGGUUCACUCACAUCGCGUAGUUCCAUUACUCUUUCUGAACCACCACUGGCUCAAUUGCAGCAGCAACAACAAGAGAUUCAACAGCCUCAACCAGUCAGCCAUGCCGGUAAACUCGUUCGCAGCGACAGUGUCAGUAGUCAGCGUGAUGGUCUGUCAGGUGGACGAGAUUUCCUUUCGAGCGUCAGUAGCGAACUCAAUGGAUUAGCGGCGCAAACGACAAGCAUGUUUAGCGGUUUAUUUGGUUCAAAAGGUUCCAAUCGUAGCCAACAAAAUGCUCCCCAACCUUUCCGUCUACAUCCGCAAGAUUCAUCUCGACGGUCUAAAGAGCGACAGCCACCAUUUGGCCCAUUCCCCAGAACUAGUAGACGUGGCUUAGUGGAGAAAUCCUCUUUGAUACGACACACUUCGUCAGCCAAGCCCAAACGACCCGACAAUGCCCAGCCAUCGCAGAUUGGUGAUCGCUCAGCCAACGCCAUUGAUAGCCAGACGCUACUGAAAGAUGCGGUGAAUCAAGUAAUAGAAGGAGAAGGUGUGGGUUGGUUGAAGCUGAACCGAAUCCGGAAAUUGAUGGAAGAUGAAAACUAUCGUAAUCUCGUCGUCAGUAGACUCAACAAGACGCUCGAUCAAAAGAUUGGUCCUGAUGAACACAUUGACGAUGUGUGCGUCAGUCGUGCUGUGUGGAAGGGAAUGCUGAAAAUGUUGAUAGCUGUCACCGCAGGUCUGGAGCAGACGUACAUCAAUCACGGCUCUGGAGGUAUGGCAUCCUCCUUCCAGUUGCUGGAAAUCGCUCACACCCAUUAUUGGACAAAAGACGUGAGUGAUGGCAAGUUUUCGGAUUUCGCUUCAACCAGCCUCAGCACUGCGCAAGCGUCAUUGCGUGGCAGUCCGAUGGGCAGUCGAGAAAACCUACCGUCACCUCAUAGUCCACGGACUAGUGUUUUGGCUACAGAGUCAGACAGAAGUUACAGCAAUUCACCGGAAGCAGCUGGAACACCAGUUCCAUCUCGAAUGUCACGAAGUGACGCGUCCAGCCCAGAGCCAGGCAAUCCAGACAUACUGCGUGAACUGUUGGAGCGCAAACGAAACCUUAUGUUGCUCUCUUUACAAGGGGAAUCUCAAACUAGCCUUGCAAGCGGCGACGGGCAAGGAUCGUGCAGUGCUUCUGAGGCUGGGAGUAUCAUUACCAAUCCGGCCUUUUACCGUCAGAAACUCUCCCAUCAAUCAUUUAGAAGCACCAUGUCGGAUGGAGAGCCAGAUCAACAACAGGUUGUUCGCGGUUUCGUCCGGCAGAAUGCGGCUGGUUGGUCAUCGAAAUCUUCCAUUACGACAGGCUACCGCUAUCAUGCUGGCAAUAUGGUAACGACAGCCGGCACUCCAAGUCCCGAAUCCGUGCGAAUGUAUAUUUUCGAGGGCCUUCUUGGCAAGGAUAGAUCCAGUUUGUGGGAUCAGAGUCAAUUUUGGGAAGAUGCUUUCCUUGAUGCAGUGUCCCAGGAAAGGGAUUUAGUCGGGAUGGAUCAAGGACCUGGUGAAAUGAUGGAAAGGUAUAAAUCGCUGAGCGAAACGGAACGGAAGAGAUUGGAACACGAAGAAGAUCGAUUGCUUUCAACGUUGCUUUAUAACUUGGUGGCUUUUAUGGUGAUGGUCGAUGUCGAUAAAACGGAGCUGAAACGCAAAGUGAGGCGACUGCUAGGCAAAUCUCAUAUCGGACUGGCUUAUAGCCACGAAGUGCAUCAGCUCUUGGAUCAAGUUGAACAUUUGAGAGGCAAUGACAUCGACUUGAAGCCGUUUGCUUCACGUCAAAUGCACAGGCAUAGUUUCACCGUUCAGGUAGGGACCGAUGCUUCAGGUGAUUUGCGCUUCCUGGAAGUUCGAGAUGACGGACUCAUUCUGCGGGCUGUCAGCGGCGCCAUUAUGGAACGCUGGUGGUUUGAACGUAUCGUUAACAUGACCUACAGUCCCAAAACGAAGAUCCUCUGUCUUUGGCGACGCAAUGGCGGGCAAACCCAACUUCACAAGUAUUAUACGAAAAAGUGCAAGGCAUUGUAUUACUGCAUCAAAGAGGCAAUGGAAAGAGCUGCUGCUAGAGGCGCUGGAGCUUUACCUGGUAUGGAACUCGGUGGAGAAUUCCCCAUUCAAGAUUUACGGACAGGUGAAGGUGGUCUCCUACAAGUGUGCAUCGAAGGUGUCGGUCUCCUCUUCGCCAACAGCAAAGAUUUUGAGUUUUUCGUACGGUUGGAUUACAUCCGCAAAUGCUUCACUCAAAAAGGCGGAAUCUUCGUCCUGGAAGAAUACAAUCCCAAAACGAGACAAAUUCUUCAACGUCGAUACCAAUCGGCCAUGGCGGAUCAGAUUUGUUACGCUGUUCUCUGCGUGUUCUCUUACGUGGCCGCCGGAAGCGAGCAGCGUAAAAAGGUGGAACCGAACUGAAAGCUCAUCAAUUGACCAAAGCACCAUGCAUCGGUGUAUUUGCUUUGUUUUUAUUAUUUAAUUUGUUGUACGUAUUGAUUAUACUCGUCCGUUCACGAGACGGCGCAAUAAUUAUUUAAUUCUAGCCAUCACGAGUCAUGAAAAUCCUAUUGGUAGUUGGAAAAUACUACAUUGAUUGUUUGCUUUUAGUAUGUAUAAUUAAUGAGUAUGAAAUUGUUGGAUCCUUUGAUCAUAUCACUUGAGCGAUGGUUACUAUACAGCUAUCGUGCUUUUCAUUGUUUUCGAAUAAGCAGACGCUUUAGCAAAAAGAAAAGAUAAAGAAAAUGGCUCUCCGAUUAGACGAAAUAAUUGGAAUGAACAAUAAACGGAAUUCGGUCAUUGUA